CCCCACGGCGCUGAGCCCCCAAAACCCCUCCAAAAAGAAUUCCAGGCACCUCCUCCACCACAACACCCCCCCGGCACUACGCACGCACGACACGCCGCCCGCUGAGGCUCCCGCUCCUCGGCUCCUCAGAUCGCUUCCCCGUCCGCAAUGAACAACCAGCAGCAGGCCAACCGGCUGAAUCUGGCCUUUGGCUUCGGCGGAGGCGGCGGCGGCGGCGGUGGUGGUGGUGACCGCAGCAACUACCAGGACUCCGGCCGAGCGUUUCCCACCACCCCGUCGACCUUUCCGCAGCCUGUAUACCCCAAUCAGGCCGGCCAGCAAGAGGUCUGGGGCGCACAGCAGGGCAAUGGCUACGGCGCCGGCUACUUCGUGAGCCCGUACCAGCAGGCCCAGUACCAGGGACAGCAGGGCAACUUGCAGGCGCCCAGCGCUGCGCGGUUUAACGAAGCUGCCAAUGGCCUCGCCCAGCAGUUCUCUCACCAGCAUCUCGGUGGUGGCGGUCGCUCCAGCAGCCCCUACGGCCGCCAACCUUCCCCGAACCAACAGCGUCCCCGAACUGCCGGCGAGAGAGGUUAUCAGUAUGGCGGCUAUGGCGGCCACGUGCCGAGGCAGCCUUCACUCAAUGAUGAAGAGCCGCCGCCAAAGACGCCGGAGCGAUAUUCGGACAAUGUGCUGCGCCAGACGAAGGUGUCGGUGAACCUUGUCAGCACCUUCUUCAAGGACAGUGUGCAACGCGCACGCGAUCGGAAUCAGAGAGCGCUGGAGCUGCAAGAGAUCAUGAAGGAGCCGUCUAUAUCUGAAGCCCGCAAGGCUCAGAAGGAGAACAGCAUGCGCCGUGCUGAGGCAGAGUACCUCCGAUUUCUGCGCACAAAGGAGAGGCCCGAGAACUUCUCGACGCUAAAGAUCAUUGGCAAGGGAGCUUUCGGCGAGGUCAAGCUUGUCCAAAGGAAGAAUGACGGCAAGAUCUACGCACUCAAGUCGCUCGUCAAGUCUGAGAUGUUUAAAAAGGACCAGCUGGCCCACGUCCGUUCCGAGCGCGACAUUCUCGCAGAGUCGGACAGUCCUUGGGUCGUCAAGCUGCACACCACCUUCCAGGACAGCACGUUCCUCUACAUGCUCAUGGAGUUCUUGCCCGGCGGUGACCUCAUGACCAUGCUCAUUAAGUACGAGAUUUUCACCGAGGACAUCACCCGCUUCUACAUGGCCGAGAUCACCCUUGCUAUAGAAGCCGUCCAUAAGCUUGGUUUCAUCCACCGUGACAUCAAACCUGACAAUAUCCUAUUGGACCGCGGUGGUCACAUAAAGCUCACUGACUUCGGUCUAUCAACGGGUUUCCACAAAGAGCAUGAAGCUUCGUACUACAAGAAACUUCUCGCCGGAGGUGCCCACAAGUCCAAUAGAGACAACCGGAACUCAAUGAACCUAGACCAGAUUCAACUAACGGUCAGCAACCGUGCGCAGAUCAACACUUGGAGAAAGUCUCGCCGGCAGCUUGCCUACUCCACCGUGGGUACCCCCGACUAUAUCGCGCCGGAGAUCUUUAGCGGGCAGGGCUACGACUUCGGCUGCGACUGGUGGUCGGUUGGCACUAUCAUGUUCGAGUGUCUUAUCGGCUGGCCGCCGUUCUGCGCCGAGGAGCCGCAUGACACAUACCGCAAGAUCGUGGACUGGCCGCGGAACUUGCACUUUCCACCGGAUCAGCAGCUGGGAGCAGAGGCAGAAGAUUUCAUCAAGCGCUUGAUCUGCGAUGCCGAAAAUCGUCUCGGUCGCAUCGGCGGCGGCAGCGAAAUCAAGCAGCACCCGUUCUUCCGUGGCGUCCAGUGGGACCAGCUGCGUCGCAUUCGUGCGCCGUUUGAGCCUAAGCUGCAGUCCAACAUCGAUACUCAGUACUUCCCCAUCGACGAGAUCGACCAGAACGACACCAGUGCUGCUCUUCGUGCGCAAACUGCACAGGCUGGCGAGGAUGUCGCUGCCGAGAUGAGCUUGCCCUUCAUCGGUUACACCUACAAGCGUUUCGAUGCAUUCCGAGGAUCAUAGAUACCCACGUCGACUGGUCACGACGCUCCAUGACCUGGCAUG